GGGGAGAGGGAAAGGGAAAGGGUGCGGAAAUGCGAAAUGUGGAUGUGGAUUGGCAUGUUUGUGUUUGUGUUGCCGAAGGGGGUGGGGAGGGUGGUUGGAUGGAUGAGAAAGAGUUGUGUUUUGACUCUCGAGGAUGUGAAGAUAGGAUAGGAUAAGAUUAUGAGUGUGGGGGGGAAGGGAUGGGAGGGUUUUAUAACCUAUUUGAUCUCGUGAACAAGGGAAUCAAGAUUCCUGAUAGACAUUGUUCCGCAAGCAAUCCAUGAAAGGAAAAAAAGACACAAAGUGAUUAUUCCUCGACCGCAAAAUCAAAGAAACAGUCUCAAACAAAGCCCUCUUAUAUGCCCACCACAAAGAACCUCAAAACAUACAAAGAAACCAAACCCCAGAGAAAACAACCACCCAGCUCAGGACCCAGAGAAUCUUCUCCUCUCCUCUCCUCCAAACAUAGUUUCCCAACAAAGGAAACGGGAUAACACGUACCAAACAAGCAGGACAAAGAAAAAAUGUAUCUUCUAGAAGAAAUGUAAAACAAUGCCUAUUAUCAAACUACAAAGACGCUUCCCAAUUCCAAAAUCGAAGAGGAAGAUUCAUUCAGUAGAUCGAAACAUCCCACCCACCUCUACACCCAGUUUACAAAUUCCAAUUACCAUCUAUCUCCAUUGAUUAACACAACAGUAAACUAGACACUACCCAACCCAACCCACCCAGUUACAGAAACUUCCGCAACCAUGAAAAAGUUUCUCGACCCCCUCCUCCCACAACCGCGCACCACCACGAGAGGAAAAAUCAACACCCCCUCUCCAAGCGACUCCCUCCGCGAGUUUUCCACCACAUCCCUCGAUCUGCUCACGCAGCUCUUGACGCGACUCCCCGGGACUCUCCCCCACGAAUCCUGGCUUCGGGAUCAAGCAGUCCUUAUCCAGAGCUUCCCGCCUUCUCUCCUACACCCCAAAUCUAGCGGUCUAAUCUCCCGCGUCGCCGCAUCCCUAUCCUCGCUUCGGCUCGGCGAAACCAAAGCCGUAUUAUGCGACGUCCACAAACCUCUAAACCCAUAUCUCAUCCGCAAGAUAUUUCUAGAGCUAACCGCGGAAUGCACCACUCGGCUCCGACGACUAACUGCCGAAAUACCUCUCGAACAAUUGCCGGUCAAUGUUCAAGAAUUCGUUCUUCGAAUGAAAAUUCUCAAUAGUAUCUGGAUGCAGCCCGAAUUUUAUCGUCAAGCAUAUCAAGCGCAGCCGUCCGAGCCACGCUACGAACGCGUAGCAUCGGGUUGUGAAGCCUGCAUUCUUGCCACCAUCGGAGGCGAUCGAUCCAUCAUCCGCGACCUCUUCGCCUCGAUCUGGGGGCGCAGAAAGAAGAAUAAGCAAAUGGAUGGCUGGAUCGAUGUCAUCCGUGCAUGGGCAUCAUGGCAAGAAGACUCCGAGGGCUUAACGCAUGAAUCUCACGGUCUCGGAAGAGAGAUCUCUCGAUGCCGCAAACAUCUUCAGACGCUUCGAAGAGACGCACGACGAGAACGCUUGGCUGGAAAUCGCAAUCCUUUUGAGCGAGAUAGCGAGGCCCAAACACUUCUUGGACACGAUUUCCUUGACGAGGAUAAGGAUGAAGACGGAGAUAUUGAGAAUGAAAUUAUAGAUUUCUAUGCAAAUAUGAUGUCGAGAACAUCUCUCGCAACCACAUCAACUCAUGGUUCACAUCCAGCAGAAGGAGUCCAUGCCGCUUUCCGCGACACCGUAGUCUUCUCCGACGGCUUCUUUCACAAUACUUCCAAACCUAUCAAGGAAAGAAGACCAACACUCUAUUCCCGCAGCGAAUACAACUCUUCUCAACUUUCCUACUAUGGAGCUGAAGCCGAAGAGCGCGCCAGCGCCUAUCGAAAACUCGUUGGAACUCCAGAGAAUGUCGCUGCCGAAUCAGAAGAAGAUGAAGAAGAACCUCGUUUCACAGAUCCAUUUGCAGAUCCGUCAGCAAGAAACAAUCGACCUGCUUAUCAUGGAAGUCAUUAUGAGAAUCCACGGGCAUCACCUGCGCCUCCUUCUCCUCGUACUACGAGACAUGAAAACGAUAACAGGGCAAAACAAAAGUACGCACCGCAUCAUCGACGUCCUGAACCUCAAGCAAAUCCUUUCACACGAAAAUCACAUGCUGCUCGCCCUGAAGGUAAGCGCAGUGAUCGGGAAACUCGAGUUAGUGAUUUCAUGAUCUAGAGUAAAGAUAGUAGAGAGAUUUUGGGGUAUGAAACA